GCGGGGGGAGACUAUAGAGAGCAGGGCGGCGGGGCGGUGAGUGCGGCCUCCAUGCUUGUCCCCGGCUGCUGCAUUGUGGGAGUCUGACCUCACUACCCGCCGACAUGGGAGCCGUCACCGACGAUGAAGUUAUCCGCAAGCGUCUUUUAAUCGAUGGCGAUGGUGCCGGCGACGACCGGAGAAUCAACCUUAUGGUUAAAAGUUUUAUAAAGUGGUGUAACUCUGGAUCCCAGGAAGAUGGAUACUCCCAGUACCAGCGCAUGCUCAGCACCUUGUCUCAGUGCUCCUUCUCCAUGGGGAAGACGCUCCUGGUACAUGACAUGAACCUCCGAGAAAUGGAGAACUAUGAGAAGAUAUACAGUGAUAUUGAGAGCAGCAUUGCCGCCGCACAUGAAAAAAUUGCUGAGUGUAAGAAGCAGAUAUUGCAAGCCAAACGCAUCCGGAAAAAUCGUCAAGAGUAUGAUACGUUGGCCAGAGUCAUUCAACAUCACCCGGAUCGUCAUGAGACAUUGAAGCAGCUGGAGGCUUUGGACAAGGAGCUGAAGCAACUGUCUCACACCAAGGAGAGUGUAGAGGAUAAGCUGGAGCUAAGGAGGAAACAGUUCCAUGUUCUGCUCAGCACCAUCCAUGAGCUUCAGCAGACACUGGAAAAUGACGAGAAACUGGCUGAAGAAUCUCAGGAUUCCCAAAUGGAAACCAACACUCAGUAGUACAGGGCUUAAACCACUGGAAUGGGGACCUCGCUCUUUUUCUUACAGAAGUAUACCUAGUGCAGGACCCGAAGGGGCUUUACACGACUUGGUGUUCUUUGUGUCAUGCUGCACCCCCUCAGGCCCUGAAUUAGGCAUUACACAGUGUAUCUGUUUUCCAUGGUAUGUUCCUUUAAAUAUAUCUUGAGAUGAGCCUGAAUAAUUGGUAAGCUGUGCCAGGUCAGCGCACUGUUCUGGUAUAUAGGACAUUGUGUAGACACCCCACAUACACCAUUCAGUCAGUAGUGUUCUUUGUUAUUGUU